AUGCAUCCGUUAAUACAACCGCCAUUCAACCAAUAUCCACCUAAUGAAACGCCGGAAAUACAAAUACCACAACAUACCACCGUGAUAAUAAGCGAAGAAAGCCACGAAGCUUCUACUAAUGUUGAUUUAUAUAGAGGUACUCUUGAUGAUAUGGAAAGGGAUGCCGAAAUUAUUGAACAAAAGGCACCAACUUGGUUAAUUGAAUUUUUAAUUAAGAAUAAGAUUCCUGCUAAAGAACCUGUAAAGGUCAGUUUCAUAUUAAAACCACAUGAAGGUUCUGAAUUAGAUGAAUUACCAAAUGGAAACGCAAGAUUAACUGCAAAUAGAAUGUUAAGAGUAAGGAAAAUAUUAGCUUAUAUAGUAGAAAAAUUAGAGUUAGAUCAACCACCAAUUAAACCGAUUUCUUUAACAACAAACAAUAACACCACUAAUAAUGGCACUAUUAUUUUCAAUGGACAUUCGGUUACCGAAUCUACAAAUGCUAAAGAUAAUGGUGGUGGUAGCAUGACUGCUACACUACUUGCUACAGAAAGUCUAGAAAAUGCGUUGGGUGAUGCUGAAAAAAAUACUGAUGAAGGUAGUAAUGAACAAGAUAAUACCACCGGUAAUAAUUCACAAAGUACAGCCGCUGUUGAGGAAGAAAGAAAGAAUGCCAUGAAACCUGAAUUAUGGUUAGAAUUAGUUUGUCAAGAUCAGAUCUUGCCUCCUACCAUGACAUUGGCUACUAUUAAAUCUCAAAUAUGGAAAGCAUCUGGUGAUUUAACAAUGACUUAUAGGUUGAGAAUGAAAAGCGUUUGA